ACACAGAAACGCUUCUUGCCAGUCGAACCGCUCAGCCAGAAAUCAGUCGUCAGCUAGUAGCCGAAGUGUCAGUUACACACAUCGAGAGUUCCCAAAAACGCGUCGGUGAUCAGAGUCCACCAGUAUCACAUCUUCAAAUCGUAUCCAAAUCCCAUAUUCAUAGUGUCAAAAACCCGAAAUCAGAAACUAAUCUGAAAGUGUUUGCGAAAAGCCCCCCAAAAAAGAUACAAGAACCACUGCCAAAGUGAGAAAACGUGCAGCAACGAUCGCGAAUCGCUGCAAUUAAAAAGUCGUCAUAAAACUUAGUGACCAGCCGAAAGGAAAAAAAAAACAAGAAGAUGAACCAGACAUGCAAAGUGUGCGGCGAGCCGGCGGCGGGCUUCCAUUUUGGCGCCUUCACCUGCGAGGGCUGCAAGUCAUUCUUCGGCCGGUCGUACAACAACAUCAGCACCAUCAGCGAGUGCAAGAACGAGGGCAAGUGCAUCAUCGACAAGAAGAACCGCACCACGUGCAAGGCGUGCCGCUUGCGGAAGUGCUACAACGUGGGCAUGUCGAAGGGUGGCUCCCGCUACGGACGCCGCUCCAACUGGUUCAAGAUCCACUGCCUGCUGCAGGAGCACGAACAGGCCGCGGUGGCAGCCGGCAAGGCUCCCUCCUCGGCGGGUGGACUGCCGAUGGGUGGUGCUCCCUCCGCUUCCUCGCCCGUUGGCUCCCCACACACUCCCGGAUUCGGUGACAUGGCCGCCCAUCUGCAUCACCAUCACCAGCAGCAGCAGCAACAGCAGCAGCAGCAGCAGGUGCCUCGCCAUCCACAUAUGCCGCUGCUGGGCUAUCCCAGCUAUCUGCCCGAUCCCGCCGCCGCCCUGCCCUUCUUCAGCAUGAUGGGGGGCGUGGCGCCGCACCAGUCGCCCUUCCAGCUGCCCCCGCACCUCCUCUUCCCCGGCUACCAUGCCAGUGCCGCUGCAGCAGCCGCUUCCGCCGCGGACGCCGCCUACCGCCAGGAGAUGUACAAGCACCGCCAAAGUGUGGACUCCGUGGAGUCGCAGCAGCGCUUCAGUCCCGCCAGCCAAACGCCGGUGGUGGUGCAACCACCUGCCACUCCCUCCGCUCGCCAAUCGCCCAUCGAUGUCUGCCUCGGCGAGGAGGAUGUCCAGUCGGUGCACAGCCAGCAAUCCUCGGGCAGCCUGCUGCAUCCCAUCGCCAUCCGUGCCACGCCCACAGCAGCAGCCCCCCUGAGCUUCGCCGCCAAGAUGCAGAGCCUUUCGCCCGUUUCCGUUUGCUCGAUUGGUGGAGAGACCACCAGUGUGGCUACUUCAAAUCCUCCCACUGCAUCUGCCAAUGCCCAAGAAGGACCCAUGGAUCUUAGCAUGAAGACUUCGAGGAGUUCGGUGCACAGCUUCAAUGACAGCGGAUCCGAGGAUCAGGAAUUGGAGGUGGCGCCCCGUCGUAAGUUCUAUCAGCUGGAGGCCGAGUGCCUGACCACCAGCAGCAGUCGGAGCAGUUCCAACCACUCGCCCACCAACACCACCAUCAGCCACUCGGAAGUCAAGCGGCAGAAGUUGGGCGGUGGUGCGGAGGCCACCCACUUUGGUGGUUUCGCGGUGGCCCAUAAUGCAGCAAGUGCCAUGCGAGGAAUUUUCGUGUGUGUCUAAAGUACACUUCGAAAAAAAACCAAGUGGGUGGAGCCGCAUCGCCCCAUCGUUGUUUAUUUUUUUUUGUUACUUAAAGAAAUAUGUAAAUUUGUUCGUGUGCUCGCUCACACUUUUAGGAGGUGAAAGAGACGGAAAGAGAAAGACAGGUUUCGCUGGAAAGAGACAGCUAGACCAGGUAGUUGCAAUCGCACACUUAGGAAACAAAACACACACUCACACCAAUACAUACACACAUACACACACUCACCUAUUGAGCUCAGAUCCAAAAAUUAUUUUUAUGAAAACGUUAAAAAAUUGUAAAUAUUUCUUCGAGCUUGUUUGCAAUCGUAUUUUAAAGUUAGCAGUAGGAGUUAUCAUUCCCACCCUCGAAUCGCUAUUGUACAUACAAAUUGUUAAGUCUAAGCAUGAUCUUAAUUGUGUCUAAGUAUUUUAUUCUAUGUUAGUCCUAGUUACUCUAUGUCUAAAGAUUGGCUUUUAGAUGUACAAAAUCAAAAAUAAAAACUAUUAAAAAUUAA